AUGUCUGAAACCCUCAAAUUCAAGGCCGGCAUAGCCAGUUUCGAUGAAACUUCGAAAAUCUGUUCUCCAACCCCUAUCAAGGGAGAAAUUAUUGUAAAACCUUCAGAGGAAGCCGAAGAUUUCUAUGAUUUCCAGUGGAAACCCAUCGAGAAAGUUGCAUCAGGAAAUGUGGAACCAAUUGAGUUUAUUCUGAUUCCAGGUUCCACAAAGUGGACUCAUAUCAAAUCUUGCAAAAGCGGAAGAGUGUUCUGCUUGAUCUUUUCAUCAGACGAACAGCACUUUUUCUGGCUUCAAGAGAAGCACCAGAACUCUGAGCAACUAAAUGAACUUUCUGAAGCCGAUAAAGCAAUAGUCAGGAAGUUCGAGGAGCUUUUAAGUUCAAAAGAUGAUGAAGAAGAAGGAGAAGAAGAAGAAAAAAUAGUACAAGAUCUAGAAGCUUCUGAAGUCCAGGAACAAGCUCACGACCAGGAUGUUGACAUGGAUCUUGGUCAGCCUUCAAACCAACCAAUCGCUCAUAUUUUCGAUUUUUUGCCCAAGCAGCUACUCAUCAACUAUGUUGAGUCAUUAGAUCCACAAUCUGCUCAAUUGAGUCGUCUUCUGGAACAUUUGCCUUCAGAUCAACAGCGUGACAAAGCCGCUUUGAUCGAAUGUCUUCGUGGCCCUUUUUUCUACCAAGCAACUGACUCGCUCUCGAGAACUUUGCUGGAGGGUUUCGAGGCAUCCCUCGCAAUUUCGAACGGCUUUGGGUAUCAGUAUUCAGGCGACGGGAUUUUAGGGUUUCUCAAGGGAGUGAGGGCAAAAGCCAAAGAAGAGCAGCGGGAUCAAAGUAAAUCAGUACAGGGUAAGAAGUGA